UUUCUCGCAUUCUCUCUGUUGUGUUUACAGAACUUAACUGCUUCAUGAAGUUAGCAGAGGUUGUUGAUUGUUUUGCUUCUCUGUUCUGGAAAAGAUUGUGCCGGACUGUGCUUCUGCCUCUCGCGGACAUUAGGAUAUGGCCACGAAACAAAGGAGAGGACCGAAAAGCUCCAUUGACGAUUUUCUUGCAAACCUCGUGGAGGAUGCUGAUAUUUCACCAAGCAAAGGCACACGACACAAUGGCCAUUCUGGAAAGGCAGACACUCCGCCGUCAUGGGGUCGGAACAAGUCAGUGGCUGAUGAAGAUUUUUUUAGCAAGCUGGCAGAAGAGGCAGCAAAUGAAGAGGUUUCUGAUGUUUCUGAUGCCGACCCUCAGGCUCUACUUGAUACUUUGAAGGACAUGGAUGAUAUGGAUGCUGAACUGUUUGGGACAAAGAAGAAGCCAAGCUCUGCUCCUGGACUGAGUGGUCCAGGAAACAAUGGACGUGGUAAAUUAAGAGAAAGUCUUCCAGUAGACAGCAAGACCAGUGGACCAGCUACAAGUGUGACCAUUGGGCAGAAUGUUUCAGUUGAUUCAGGCAAUGAAGAGAGGAAGUCUAGCUCAGCCCCAGCAGGAACAGACAGGUCCAAAAAGUCAGCCUUGGAUGCUCAUGUAUCCCUUGCCGCUGCCCCAAAAAAGCAGGAUGAUGUGUUUUUUGAUGAUGAUGGAGAUGAUCUUAUGGAUGCCCUUGGUUUUGGAGACUCUCCAAAACGGAGCAACACCCUUCAGGAGAAGAAGACUGAGGUGGCCUCUACGUUGUCAGCACGAUCAGGUCUGGAUGAGAUUCUUGGGCGUGGCACUGCACCCAGGCUGCUGGAGCGACCACUGACUGGGGAGAGGAAGGGGGCUCAGCUUGAACGAAUCAGUCCAGCAGGGGAUGAAAUAGUGGAGGACAACUUCACAUUAAAUGCUCAUCAGCCAGCAACCACAGAGGGCCGUGUGACCCGCAGACCACUUGUGAGGUUUUCAGAGGAAGACCUUAAUGGCUCCUCACUAGAGAGGAAGUCUAAGUCUGCCCCAUCUGUGACAUCGUCCUCUGCGCGUUCCAACAAGCCUGCAGCUGAUUGGCUGGGACUAAAGGAUGAGGAACCUGUGGAUGAACUUUUAGAAGUGGAUAGUGUGGCCCCCCGACCAGUACCCUCCAGCUCUUCUCAAACAGGCAGCCGUCCACCAUCAGGAACAAAAUCAGCAAACACUCCAAGUUCACCACAGUUACGUCCCAAGUCAGAAACCACCAAAGAGGAAGAAGUGGACUGGCUGUCUAGAGUGCUGUCUGAAAAGAAGCAGCAAUCGACAGAAAAAACCUCGGAAAAGAGUCUGGAAGUAGAUAGUCAAGAAACUAGUCAAGACGGUCCUGUGGACACAUUUGUGAGCAAACCAGCCACUCCUCCUCUAGGCCGUCGAAGAUCUCCUUACACAGAACGGAUCCCAGAGGAGCUGCCCUUCAAGAGUAAGGAUGCUACUGGUUCAGCAGCUCGCCAAGAAGAGUCUUCCACCCAAGUGACAUCCUCUGCUGUGUCUCAGGCUGGUAAUGUGGACAUCUAUAAGACCGGGUCUGCCCAAAAGUCUGGAGAUGGCCGCGUGAGUGUUAUGCCCAUACAGGGUCCCAGUAGACGAGUGAUGGGAGAACUAGAGAAGCAGCUGGAAGACAGAGAAAUGGAGCUGCUUGCUGGAAAGCAAGCCUUCCAGACACGCAUCCUAGAGCUGGAGUGCCAGGUACGCAAACUGGAAUUGGAAAGAAACCAAGCUCAGUCUCUUGUAGAAAGUCUGCAGCAAAGACAGCAGCAGGACCUGGAGCUGAUUGAGGGCACCCACAGGACCCGUGUUAAAAUGUUAGAGGAUUCAUUCCAACAGCGGGAAGCAAGACUGAGGCAGGAAAAUGAGGAUCUCCUGGACCGUAUUGGCAGUCUUACUCGUAGUAGGGAGCAGGACCGAGCAGACUUGCAAGCCCAGUUCCAGCGAAGGAUUGCUGAAGUGCAGCAGGAGAGAGAUAAAGAAGUUGAACGACUGCGAGACUUGCAGAGGAGGUCUGUGUUGGAGAUGAAGGCAGACUAUGAGAAUCAGCUGCAGCAUCUUAAGUGGCUUAAAGAGCAGGAGAUUGAUGCAGUUACCAGUGCCAGCUCUCAAACAAGAUCUCUGGCGGGCGUCAUUGAACAGAUGGAGGCCUUCACCCGGAAGUUGGGGGAUCUGUCCCUACGAGUGGAGAGCACCCAUGAGCAGACUGCACAGGGACUUGAGUUGGGAGCCAGACACAGGGAGGAGCAACUAAGAGUCCUGCAGGAACAGCUGAGCCAACAGCAGCGUGACAUGGAAGAGGAGCGAAGCCGCCUGCAGGCUAUCAUCAGCAAGAUGGAAAACAGACUGACUGAACAGCAGCGUCUUCUAGAAAAGGAGCGUUGGCGACUGGCAGGUGAACAAGCCAAAGUGGAGUCUUUGCAGACAUCCAUACAGGAGGAGAGGAAGCUGUUGACUCAACAGCUGGCAAUGGAGCGUGAGGAACUGGAAAAGGCCAAGAGCUCUUUUCUGGAAGAGCAACAGGUGGCUUUGCUGCGCUGCUCUGAAGAACGCAGACAGGUGGCAACUGAGUGGGCAGAGUACCACAAACGAGACAGAAUCCAAAAAGAGCGGGCAACACAGCAGGUCAGCCAAGAACAGGAGAGGGAUGCACAUAGAGAAGAAUCUCUAAUCGCCAUGGCACAGGAACAAGCGGAGCUGAAGAUAAAGGCCGGUGAGCUGAAAGUCCGUGAGGAGACCCUGCAUCGUGAACGAGAAGCGCUUGAAAAAGAGAAGCAAGAGCUCCAGCGUGAGAAGGAAAGGGUGAAUGGGGGAGCACUGCAGGUGCGGCAGAGGGCGGAGGAAAUCGAGUCUUUCAGCAAGCUGGCAUCAGAGAAAUAUGCGGAGGGGGAGCACGCACUACAUGAAGCCAGGAGGGUGGCCUCCGAGCACCAGGCUCGCCUCGCACGUAUCCACCACCAAAUGGAACGUCUACGCCAGCAGGAGCAGCACUUGCACCAGGAGCGCUUAAGACUUGCAGAGCAGCGCAGGGAGGCACAGUGGCUGAGAAAGGAAAUCCCAGGCUCCACACAUGCAGCAUCAAAUCCUCCAGCUUUCACCAGCCUCUCAUCCCAGCUAACCAGCACUCCUCUCUUACAACCACCGCCAGCACUUGAGACUUCUGCACCCGAGUUACAAGCCCAGCUGCUGCUCCUCAGUCACAUGGCAGCCAAGGACCGGGAAUUUCUAGAGGAGGAGCAGCUUUUCCUGGAAACUCUGAAGCGAAAUCCUUAUAGAUCCCUUUCACAAACUACAUGACUAAUAUUGUAGCAAGAUGCUUUCAUUA